AGAAAGUAACACCCUUUAAUCUUAUCCACCGACUUAUAACUUCCUUAACGAUCGCGUUAGUCUUAGUAAAGCUAGACACUAAUCCCUCUAAUGUGCGAUUUUCCAUUGUCAAACAAACUUCAUAAAAGGAUUUAAUUAGCUUCUGUUUACUUAAUGAAAUAGGUCCGGGCUUCAAUCACUAAUUUACACAAUUCUUUCGUUGCUAACGUAAACUGUGUUAUUGUUGGUAGGGUUAUAGUUGGAUGAGUUAUCAUGGCACGUUCUUUCCGGGAACCAGAGUUAAAAACUAACGUCCGAAAAUCUUGCGUAAAAAAUGAGUGUCCUUUUGGGUUCAGCCGGAGCCCUGUGACAAGGCAAAAACGUGAUGUUUCAGAGGUCGACAAUCACAGACAGAGAGCAAUUGUGGAAAAAAUGAAAGAUGCAUUUCGGACAAUUUCUUUUCGUUCAGAGCCAACAAUCGGCGAGGAGGAUUUGGUUACGAGACGGAAUUCAAGAACGCCCAUCAGUGGCCGAAUUAACAGCAGCAUUACUUACGCUUUAGAUGCCAAGAAACGCGAUGAACUUGUUCAGAGUCUUGUACCUGAAUGUUAUGAGCAUCUACAGAAUUUCCAUCAUUAUCGAAACGAUAUGGAAAGAUUGAACUCGGGGUGUAAGGUUUUGUACCUAUCUGCCAAAGACGGUGGCAAAGUUGGAGAAGAGAAAGAGCUUCAAAGGGUUUAUGGCCAAGCAUCGGUGAAGACCGAAUGUUGGCCUCGAAGGCGAUGGAACAACGCUGGUUCAAAUGCGAGACGUUCGAAAAUGUCUCGUGAACGUGCAUCAGAAACGGUAGCUAUGGAGUCCAAAAAGGAUUCCGCACCGUCAGCAAGACUUGGCGUUGACGUCACUAAAAGUACGCAGUCUAACUUGAGUACUGUGUUGGACUUUUCCGAUAGAAAAUUAAAAGAGAACGAUUGCAAAAGAGGUUCAGCAGAUUGUUCAAAACUGACUUUCAUCAAUGGUGUAGAAAGAGUGGCGCCUCGUGAAUACGAGAGCGUUGGAGGAAGCGGUGAGGUGCCUUCUGUUAAGCUAGAGGAAGACGACAGCACUGUUGAAUCGCCAGGUGUUCACCUCGUGUGCUGCUCUCACAGUGCAGUGAGCGAUAUCUCACCAAAUCCUCCCAUGCCAACUCCAGAGCUCGACAGCUCCAGAGGAUCUUCCGUACGCACUCUAGUGUUCGAAAGCCAAGAGCAACUUGUUAAAAAUAGUGGAAAUCAAUCCUCUCUGCGAAGGACGGUUCACAAAGAUUUGAAGCCCAGCCCUCAUUUGCUCUCCCCCUUUCAAUCCAGAUUUCCGCAUCUUAAAUGUUCCGAGUUAGCGAGUUCUCAUAAGCGACAUGACAGAAAUAUAACUGCUCCCAUUCCACCAUGGCAACAAUAUCGUAUUUUGUGCGACGCAUUUCGGCCAACUCAGCAGAAGAACACUCAAUCGAACAGAUACAAAAUGCCCAAGUUUGCCACAAGUACAGAGCUGGAAUACUAUAUCGAUAUUGUGUCUGAAACGAACAACAAUUGCGGAUGGUACUUCUCGUAACUUUUGGAGAAGGUUUUAGUAAUUAUUCAUAGAAACCUGUACAAUUUGUAGUGUGCGUGAAAGCAAAUAGACUUGUGUAUAAAGCGGAGCGAACGAUAUCAACGUCAAUUAUGAUGAGAGGUACGGGUUUCUUAUUCACAUUCAAUGUCUCUAUUAUUUCGUUUAUUCCGUUUUACAACUUUCACAGAAAGUGAAACUUUUUCAUCACUUGUUUUCACUCCCUGUGAUUGGCUUGGAAUCCCCUGCCGUUUUUUCAACCAAUCAAAGACAAAAUUGAAACAAUCGCGACGUACGUUCCCCCUCCCCUUCACCCUUCUUUCUCCUUAGCACUUAACGCAAUAAGCAGUUGUUUGUCUUUACUUUGAAAGCGUACUCUUUUUAAUUAUGUUGUUCCUUGGUCUUUUAUUUUAUCAUUAUUUUUUU